CGCUCGCGCCAAAGCCAGACGCGGCUCCCCCGCAUCUCCCGAGGCUUCUCCGUCGAAGGGAGGCUCGGCAGUCAUGAACAUCAUCCUGGAAUUCUUCGUGGUCACCUUCAAGGUCCUGUGGGCGUUCGUGGUGGCCGCCGCCAAAUGGCUGAUGCGCCCCAAGGAGAAGAGCGUGGCGGGGCAGGUGUGCCUGAUCACCGGAGCCGGUAGCGGGCUGGGUCGGCUCUUCGCUCUGGAGUUCGCCCGCCGCCGAGCACGCUUGGUCCUGUGGGACAUCAACACGCAGAGCAACGAGGAGACGGCGGGCAUGGUGCGGCACAUCUACCGGGAGAUCUCGGAAGAAGCUGUGGUCGCGGCUCAGAAAGCUGGGCAUGGUGAAGAGGAAGUGCUACCUCCGUACAACUUACAAGUUCAUACAUACACUUGUGAUGUGAGCAACAGAGAGAAUGUGUACAAGACUGCUGAGAGAGUCUGCAAGGAGGUUGAUGAAGUCUCAGUCCUCGUGAACAACGCUGGUGUUGUUUCCGGGCACCAUCUUUUGGAAUGUCCUGAUGAGCUUAUUGAGAGGACCAUGAUGGUUAAUUGCCAUGCACAUUUCUGGACCACUAAAGCAUUCCUUCCCAAAAUGCUGGAACUGAACCACGGACACAUUGUCACUGUUGCAAGCUCUCUUGGCCUCUUUAGUACUGCUGGAGUAGAGGAUUAUUGUGCCAGUAAAUUUGGAGCUGUGGGGUUUCAUGAGUCCCUGAGCCAUGAACUAAAGGCAGCUGAAAAAGAUGGUAUUAAAACAACACUGGUUUGUCCUUACCUUGUAGAUACAGGAAUGUUCAGAGGCUGCAGAAUUAGAAAAGAAAUAGAGCCAUUCCUUCCACCUUUGAAACCAGAUUACUGUGUAAAGCAAGCUAUGAGAGCUAUACUGACAGACCAACCUAUGAUUUGCACACCUCGUUUGAUGUAUAUGGUUACCUUCAUGAAAAGCAUCCUACCUUUUGAAGCAGUUGUGUGCAUGUACCGGUUUUUGGGAGCAGACAAGUGUAUGUAUCCUUUCAUUGCUCAACGAAAACAGGCCACAAAUAACAAUGAAGCAAAGAAUGAAAUAUAACAUUUUAUAAAGGACUGUUAUUUGUAACAGAAUUAUUAUCAAAUGCUAGAACUGUAUUCUGGAGGGCACUUGCAUUUAGCAGGAGCAACUGUUAACAUUUUAUGAUGACAUUCUCUUGGAUCCUAUACCUGGAUAGUGAACAGGAAAAACGUUUUUGUUUUUUUUUACAUAUUGUAUGUAGAAUAAUCAGAAUACCUGAGAACCGUGACAGGCAAAUUUAUAAAAAGUAGUGAUCACCCUUAUUCUUUUGAAACUUUGUUAGAUGUACAGUAAUAUGCUACUCUUUUUAUAGAGAGAAACUUUGUAUGAUUUCUCUUCAGAUGGUCAUGCAAUUAGACGAUUCAAUUGUUUCAUCAAUUGUUCAUUUUCUUGUGAUGUUUUCAUGAUUGUCAUUUACAAUAUGUAAUGUAGCAGGGCAGUGGUUCAAAAGCUCACUCAGUCUGUGUGGGAUAAUACAUUUGAAUUACUUUUUGUUUUUCAUUGUUGCAUAUUUUGAACCUAAAUAUGUCUUCAAUAAUGGGAAGUUUGAAUUGCUUCCAGAAUCGAAGUCAUAAUCCAUACCAUUCAUUUCUGUUAUUAGAUAAGAAUAUAUGGCUUGCAUUUAAAAUCAGCCACUAUAAAAGCCAACUUUGAUGGAAUUGGAUGGGCAAAGGAAUAUACAAUUAGUCUUUCUAGACUACAUAGUGAAAUCCAUUUACCUAUCAUUGAUUACUGUCCAAUUACCCAUGUUUUCACUUAAAAUUCAAAAGCAAAUUGAGUUAAGAAAAAAAUAAAUCUUGGUCCUCCUGCCAAUUGUCACAUUAAAGAGUUACAUAAAUAAAAUGUAAUAUUAUUAGAUACAACUUGAAUAUUAGAAAGUCUGUAAAAUGUUUUUGUUAAUUGCAUUAUAGAGCAGAAAACAUUUUUACCUUUUUUGUAAGAACAAUUCUGUGCCUUGAAUUUGGUAAACUGUAUUAGUAGAAUAUUGUAAAGGUGAACUUCUACCUCUAUAUCUAAAUGUAUAUCAUUCAUUUGUAAAUUUGUUAUAAAAUUGUGACCUUUUUUUAGAAUGUCAUGUUAAAUACUGACCAACUUUUGUGGUUAUUAAAAUUAGCCACCUUGUUGUUUAAGACAUAACUUGUUUUAAAUGCUGUCCAGGUUUGGGGCACUUUUUUAUACUAAUUACAUUCCAUUUCAACACAGGA